AUGCUACCAACUUCACUCUGCCUCCUCCUCUCAGCUGCCGCUAGCGGCGCUGUUGCAGGCCCUCUCCACAUCCGCCAGGCAAGCAACGUGACUGCCACAAAGCAAAAGGUCAUCAUCGGCGGCGGUUCCAUCAACAAGAUCUCGAUUGCUCAGUUUGAUGGUGCCAAGUUCAAUAUCCUCAAGUCGGCAUCUUUACCUGUCCAGGGUGCCCCGACAUGGCUUGCAUUCAAGGAGCCCAACUUCCUCUACAGCGUGAACGAGAAUGGCGUUGAGCUGAGCUUGUUCACCGUUGAUACGAGCACAAACGACAUCAAGUUCGUCAAGAGCGUCAACGGCAGCGCCGGUGUCGUUCACCUCGAGUUCAACAAGGACAAGACCCGCAUGGUCGGUGCUUCGUUCGGCAAGGGCACCGUCGAUGUUUGGAAGCUGGGCGCAGACGGAUCGCCCGAGUUAAUGGGCAAGCCCCUUGCCACUAACUCGACCGGCGCGACUUUGGGCCCCAACAAGGCCCGCCAGGACGCCCCUCAUGCUCACCAGUCGGUUCUCGACAAUUCGGGCCGUUUCUUCUUCGUCAACGACCUCGGUCUCGAUACCAUCACCAUUGUCGAUUCCAAGGAUGACAAGUUCAAAAUUGCCGACUCCAUCAAGGUCUCUCCCGGCUGCGGUCCGCGUCAUGGAGCCUUUUACCCGGCCACUGGCAAUGCUACCCACUACCUGCUGGUUUGCGAGAUGCUGAACACUGUCAUUGUCAACAAGCUCAACUACACCGGCAACGCGGGCAACAAGGACAAAGAGGGUGUCCCCACCGUCCUGCCCAUCCAGCUCAUCUCCACCUUUGGUGAGAAGUCGCAGCCCAACUCCAAGGCCGUCCCCGGCGCCGGUGAGAUUGCUGUUGCCGCUGAUGGCAAGUCGGUCUACGUUUCCAACCGCCUCAGCUUCGACCCCGACCUGAAGCAGAAGGGCAGGGACUCCAUCACUCAGUUCAAGGCCGCCAUUACCGGCGAGGCCAAUAACCUGGUCCUCACUUUUGACAACAGCGUGGACUCGCAGGGAGCAGUUCCCCGUAUGUUCAGCCUCAGCGCCGAUAAGGACCAGGCCGUACUCUUCGGGACGAACCAGAACGCCGGCAACGGCGUGGCCGCCUUCCAGCGGUGCAAGGACAGCGGCAAGCUCUCGUUGAUCAAGGGCUCCGAGAUUGACUACGCCGUCUUUGCAACUGAUGAGAACAAGGACAAGGCCGGCUUCGGACCACAGUUCAUUGCUGGAAUUCCCAGCACUGUCGGCAAGUGA